UUGAUAGGGCAUUAUUACUUAUUAUAGUGCAAUAGCAAAUAGUGCAUUACUCGCUGGCCGCUGCAUAGUGCAUUUGCGUUAGACACUUUAAAUAGGUGCACUCGUCUACUGGACGGCCGUGUUGGUUGUGUCCGUGUAUUUUAAUAAUGUUGAUAAUAUACCGAUUAUGUGUUCUUAUUACUUCCUAGAAGUCACAUUGAAUGUUCUCGAUAGAAAAGGCGACAACGUAGACGUCAACGACGGAAAAUUUUCUUUUUACAUCAAGGAAGCGCUUAAAGAAGUUUUUGGCCAGUUUGGAACAAGUGUCAACUUUGAUGUAUUAAGGUUUAAAGCUGGAAAAGGCAUAAUUCGGUGUCCAUCUAAUUUUUACAUUAAAUUUCGUGGAGCGCUUACUUUGUUUGGACGUCACAACUCAAAUACUGUUGCAUUUAACGUGCACCGUGGUUCGUCGUGUUUAAUAUCAUUCAUCACAGAAGACAGAACUUAUAAACAUGUCACAAGUAAUUAAAGAUGGUAAAGACACAAUCAUAUUUGCCACAAAAGAAGAUCAUCAGUCACCUAGUAAAGUCACAUUAUCACCACCAGAACCCUCACCGGGUCUCAUAUUUCCAGAUGGCUCCAUCAACUGGAAUUGUCCAUGUUUAGGAGGAAUGGCGACUGGGCCUUGUGGGGUUGAAUUUAGAGAAUCAUUUACAUGUUUUCAUUAUAGUAAAGAAGAACCUAAAGGUAUGGAAUGUAGGGAAAAGUUCACAGCUAUGUGGACUUGCAUGGACCAAUAUCCAGAAGUAUAUACAGAAGGUUUAAAAGAUGAUGAGGAAUUUUUAAAUAAAGAAGAACAAGCUGAUGAAACCAUCAAAAAUAAAGAGACAAAUUCGUAAGAUUUGUUGUUAAACUGUGCUGUUUUAGAAUUUUUUUUUUGUUUUAAAUAGAUGUUUUAGGUAUUAAAUUUAUAUUUUUGUUUUGUUUUUAUGUGUACUUAAUCAUAUUAAUUAUUAUCAACAUAUUCUAUUAGUAAAAACAAAGAAUUUGUUAUUUGGUUUAUGACUCAUACUUAGGGCCGUUCUUACGAUGUACGGUAAAGUGUCGAUUUACA